UUCAUGCGAACGGUUGCGAAGCCGUGCCAUGGAAGAAUUCACAUGGCAUCCAGCCUACCGCAUGAUUCCAAAAAAUGCGCGGCUCCACUUAGACUCAUCGGUCUUUCUGCUUUCCCAUUGCUGGCGCUUGUCCCGUGCAGAGCCUGGUUGUCAAAUAUUGGCGCCCGCGCUCUUCUUCCCAGACCAGUACGAAGAGGUAGUCAUGUGGUGGUAGCCGCUCUUCCAGAGGAUGCUGAUGGCGAUGGGAGCACGGACUGGGACAAGGAGCUACAACGUGCAACAGAGAGGCUGAAGAAGAAGGAGUUGCAGGAGGGUGUUCUCACGGCUGUGCCGCUCUUUGACCGGAGUGAUGAUUGGACCGUGGAAAGGGUGGAUUUGAAAGAUGAGGUUCCUGCCGCUGGUACUGUCCUUCUGGCAGAUCCUCGCACUUUCCUCGAGUCCAAGACCAUGCCAGCCGCCGCCGCCCGGACAGGGUGGAUGCCUUCCUUUGAGUCCCGUCGAGAGCGGGCGCGGCUUCCAGUGGUGCUCAUCACGGAGCAUCGCUCGGAGGGCAUUGAGGGCGUUCUGCUGGGCAGCUGGAGUGGAAAGUUAAUGGGGGAUAUGGGUCUGGAGCACUUUAUGACGCGGCCGCUCUACAUUGGCGGCGCCAACCCUGGAAGAGGGCUUUCCAUGCUGCACUCGUACCCUGAGAUGCCUGGAGCCUCGCAGCUCACGGAAGAUGGCCUGGCCGUCAGUAGCGACUUCGGUGUGGCCUGCGACUGGAUCAGCGAGGCUUCGUGGCACCGAACGAUGCGGUGGGAACGUGGGGAAGGUGGAAAAAUGGCCAAGCGGAUUCCGACCGAUGCUGAUCUCCGAAGAAGGAGCAAGAAGCUCUGGAGCAGGGUUUUCAGGGACUUCCUGCGCCACGAGACAUUUUGGGCCACGGCACACCGGGCCGUCCAUUUUCACUCAUCUAGGACAGCACCAGACAUGGGUUCCGCUGGGCGAAAGCGCCUUCCACAGGGCCCUGGGUCAGCGCUUCGCUUCAAGUUCUUUUGGAACACCGUCUCCUGGAGGAGGGACGAGGUCGACGAGAUGUUGUCAGACAAAGGGAUCUGGAUCCCCGUGACCGUCAGGAGUCCCACCGUUCGAUGCACCGUUCCAGAGGGUCUUGAGCCCCAUGAGAAGCGAAAAGCUCCGGUGCCGCGCCCAGUCGUGACCUCCUGCUUCGGGAGCCCGAUUCCUCCUUUGAGGAUCCGCUCUGGGUUCAAUAUGCCAUGAAGGCCGGCGGAGAGCUGCAAGAGCUCGGAGACCAGCUGGGCCUCUUCCCGCCGAGCUGAUGCAGACCUGAUCGGUGUGCUGGGAUGUGCUGGGUCGUUGAGGGGUUGUAGAGCCAGCAGGAUGCGAUGUGCUGAUCUACAACGCGUGGCUUCCAUCGUUGAUGCGAUUCAAGCAAAACACCGACCAUGAGCACAGAGUCUGUUCUUCACCUCUUUGGGACGAGCUCCACUCCGACUCCUGUCAAAUAGUCUAGUGCUUUGUAGCCACUUCCUCACAACAGGCUUGCUGCCUGCUGCAGUUGCCAGCGUAGCUUCUUUCAUCCUUUACGACCAUCGUUCGCUCUUGCCGUGGUGAAAAUGAACACAUGGCGGCUGCAUCGCGGGCCGUGCCUCGAUCGGGCAACAAGAGUCAGCAAGCGGGGGAAGCCCAAGCCACGCCCAAGCUACUUGAAGAGGU